AUGGCUAAUCUGGCUGUGCUACUUUACUUCAAUGGCCGAUGGGAUUCUAGCAACAAGUAUAUUAAUUACUUGGCAGAUGGUGUGUUGAUAAAUACUAAUUCAACAUUUGCUAGCCUCGUUUCUGUGAUUGUUGCUCAAUUGUCAAUAGAUACAUCAACAAGUAAAGUUGAAAUCAGAUAUAAGAUUGAUGAAAGCUAUUCAAUAAAAUGCCUUGGAGAAAACUGUACUUGGAAUUUAUGCACUUCAAGUGUGAAUAAAUCUCAAAUGUUCGCUAUUAGAGAUUUUGAAAGCGAAUACACGUGUUUGUUGCUACAUAAUUCAUUAUCGAAAAGACAAGCAACAAAGACAGUUGUUGGGAGUAUUAUUGUUGACAAAUAUAUUGAUCCAGAUGCCAACUACACACCAAGAGAUAUACAAAAUGACAUGUUACAUGAAUAUGAGGCAACUUACCCUGGUUCUUAUAUAAGAUUGCACAAAUCAGAGGAUGACCAUUUCCUAUAUGCAUUUGUAGCUCUGUUUACAUCGAUAAAAAGAUGGGAGUAUUGUAGACCAAUUGUAGUUGUUGAUGGAACUUUUCUAAAAGGAGCAUACAAAGGGACAAUGCUAACAGCUAAUACCUUAGAUGCAGCAGGGAGUAUACUGCCUCUUGAUUAUGCCAUUGUUGAUUCAGAGAAUGAUGCAUCUUGGAGGUGGUUUUUUGAACAAUUCAGAGAGGUAUUUGGUCAAAGAUCAGAGAUGUGUAUCGCUUUGGAUAGGCAGGCAAGCAUUAUUAAGGUAACUUCAAUUGUUUAUGAUGAAAUACCUCAUUUCGCGUGUAUAUGGCACUUGUUGCAAAACAUAAUGGAAAAUUUCAGAAAGAGUCAGCAAAAGAUAACAGAAUUGUUCUACUCUAUGGCAAAAACAUACACCACGGUAGAGUUUAAUCAACAUAUGGAAAUUGUUGAGAAGAUAGAUAAGAGGAUUAAAGACUACUUGCUGAAAAUUGGAUACAACAAAUGGUCACGUGUUCAUGCUCAAGUAAAUAGGACUUGA